UAGAAGACAAUUUUAAAUUUUAUUAGAGUAAGAGAUUAAAAAAGGAGGAUCUGUGAUUGAUGAACUGAGAUGCUGUACACAGUGACUCACAGAAGCCUAUUAUGCUUGGAGAUCCACAGUUAUAGUAUACAUGAAGCUCAGGAUCUGAACCUGAUAUGACUGAUCCGGACGUGCUCACUGAAGUCCCGGCAGCUCUCAAACGCCUUGCCAAAUAUGUGGUCCGUGGGUUUUAUGGCAUUGAGCACGCGUUGGCUCUGGACAUUCUCAUCCGGAACCCGUGCGUGAAGGAGGAGGACAUGCUGGAGCUCCUCAAGUUUGACAGAAAGCAGCUGCGGGCCGUCCUCAACACGCUCAAGGGUGACAAGUUCAUCAAAUGCAGGAUGAGGGUAGAGACGGCUCCAGAUGGCAAAACCACCCGUCACAACUACUACUUCAUCAACUACCGCCUUCUGGUGAACGUGGUGAAGUACAAGCUGGACCACAUGAGGAGGAGGAUUGAGACCGACGAACGAGACUCCACCAAUCGCGCCUCUUUUAAAUGCCCCAUUUGCUUCAGCACUUUCACAGAUUUGGAGGCCAACCAGCUCUUUGACCCUCUAACAGGAACUUUCCGGUGUACUUUCUGCGAGACCGAAGUGGAGGAGGACGAGUCGGCGAUGCCCAAGAAGGACGCCAGGACGCUCGUGGCGAGGUUCAACGAGCAGAUUGAGCCUAUCUACGCCCUGCUUCGCGAGACCGAAGAUGUCAACUUAGCCUACGAAAUCCUCGAGCCGGAACCCACGGAGAUCCCGGCGCUGAAGCAGAGCAAGGAGCGAGCUGCUGCUGGGUCCGGGACAGCCGGCCUCACAGGCGGCCACCACCGGGAAGCAUGGACCACAAAAGGACCCUCCUAUGAAGACCUGUACACCCAGAACGUCGUCAUCAGCAUGGAAGACCAGGAGGACCUUAACCGGUCUGCAAGUGAAGGAAAGCCAGCCAGGGAGAGGCCAAUUUGGCUGCGGGAGAGCACAGUGCAAGGAGCUUAUGACCCCGAUGACAUCAAGGACGGUGGCCGGGACCUGGAUACAUUCCAGGAGCGCGAGGAGGGCCGGGCAGCUCUAGAUGACAACGAGGAGGUGAUGCGGGCCCUGCUUAUCCACGAGAAGAAGACGCCCUCUGCUUCCACGGUCACCGUGGGGAGCGCGGCUCCGCUCUCCGGCGCCAAUGCCAGUGACUCCGAGAGUGAGACAAGCGAGUCGGAAGAGGAGUCCCCUCCACGCCCUGCUGCCACGGCCACCACCACCUACGGGUUGGAGGAUGAUGAUGACGAGGAGGAGUUUGAGGUGGUGGCCGAGGACCCCACUGUCAUGGUGGCCGGGCACCCACACUCGUACAGCCAAGUGAGCCAGCGCCCCGAGCUGGUGGCCCAGAUGACUCCAGAGGAGAAGGAGGUCUAUAUAGCCAUGGGGCGGCGCAUGUUUGAGGACAUGUUCGAUUAACUGCUGCCUGCCACGGCAUUUUUUUUUAAAAAGUGAUUUUUUUAAGCCAGAAACUUCCUAGUAAAACAGGACUGAAGUGAACCUUUUCUCCGCUGCGCACGGGGACACUGGGGCUUGGACCGCCUAAUCUCAGGCAUCUUGCCCGCCAAACAGGGGCAUCAGGAAGGCUGCUUGUGCCAAAACAGGUAGGAGAGGUCACGUCUCAGAAGUGAGGAGGUUUGUGAGGUAAAACUCUGCUUUAGUGAGCCCUGCAUGGGCACUGGCUUAAACCAGUGCCUCCCCCGAGUUGUUUUGAGUCUGCUUCUGUUGCGGAUGCUCAGAAAUUCCAUGUCUGUGUCCUCCAAGGAUGUGAGUGCUCCUUGGUUUGACGACAGCGCUGUGCAGUAGCGGGUGUAAGUUACACUGCAGCUGGACUGGCACGAGGAGCGAAGAGCCCUUGUCUGCAGGCCUGGGCACAAACAGCCCGUGCCCAAUCUCCUGCCAGCGACAACCGAGGCUUGUGGCUUCUGAGCAGCCCUGAGCAGCCCUGCAGCCCCUAUUACCUUUAUUGCUCCUGUCUUCUCCUUUCUAGGUCUUUUCCAGGGGGCAGUCACAGUUGUGGCUGUGUGUGACUGCAGUGUGUCCUGGCCAGGUUCCAUCUGCACCAGUUUCCCAGGCAGUUUAGCCUCCCGGGGAGGGCGACUGGAGAGGUCAGUUGUGUCUAACUGCAGUGGCACCACCGGGUGACUUGUUGCACCUGGGGGAGAGCAGGAAGCAGAGCUGUGCACCACCACUGCUUGGGGAGGCUCUAAGAACCAUCACUUUGCAAGCUGUGUGCUGCAGCCUCCACGUUGCAGAGCUCAGGUAUUCCACUCCUCCAACUGAAGUUUUCCCGCCUCGGUCAGCUCCAUCCUUUACACACAAGCCCGUGUAACCACAGGGUUACUUAAGCUUGCUCCUUCAGAGAUGGUGACCGUCACUCUCCUGCUUUUCAACGGGGAAUGCUCAGCACCUCAAGUCAGAGGGAUGCGAAAGCAUCCAGAGCGAAGGCCGCACCGGGCACAUGCAGUCACUCUCGGCCACUCUUUGUACAAGAGCCCUCCCUGGAUCUAAGCUCUCAGAGCACCCUGGCUACCAGGAGAUCCCUUUGUUUUCUACCACAGCUGCCUGCCACUUCUCCCUGCAGCCUCCAGCGCUGCCGAGCAGCAGCAGAACGCGAGCGUGGCUCCACAGCUCCUCCUUCCCUUCGGGCAUGAUGGAGCUGCACCAUUUCUAAAAGAAUUACACGGUUUUAAAUGCUGCUUUGGCACGUUCUCUUCCCAUAGGAAAACAUUUACCAGUGCGUACAGAGCAAUACCACAUUUGUAAUGUCAUUCUCUCUCAGCAAGCGUUUUUGAUUUUGUUUUUUAAAUUGUUGUGUUUUCUUAUCCAGUGCUACAGUGAAAGAAAAUGAUAAAAGAAUUGUAUGUUGCAGAGGGUAGGGCUAGUAUCAAGUGCAGUUCGAUUUACCUGAGCGGGGUGGAUUUCCUGCUCACUGAGACUCUAAACCUGUUUUAUACUGACUAGGCUUUGUAUGUUUUGCUAACCUUGUAAUGCCUCCUUUG